AUGCAUCAACCGCCACCCAACACAACCACUCCUCCCAACGCGCCGCAAAUCAGCGUGAAUGGAACCCCACUGCAAGUGCUGGAGAACUUCCCGUAUCUGGGCAGCACCCUCUGCCUUAACACCAAAAUCGAUGAUGGAGUCGCUAGCAGGAUCUCGAAAGCCAGUCAAGCCUUCGGUCGCCUCCAAAGCACAGUCUGGAGUCAUCAAGGUCUCCAACUGAGCACGAAGCUGAAGAUGUACAAGGCCGUCAUCCUGCCGACGCUGCUGUACGGAUCGGAGACCUUGACAGUAUACACAAAGCAGGCUCGUCGACUGAACCAUUUUCACCUCAGUUGUCUCCGUCGCAUCCUGAGGCUGAACUGGCAGGAUCGAAUCCCCGACACUGAUGUGCUCGAACGGACGGGAAUCGUCAGCAUCUACACCAUGCUGAGACAAAUGCAGCUGCGCUGGGGCGGCCAUCUGGUGCACAUGGACGACGAGCGACUACCCAAAUGACUCUUCUACGGAGACGUCGCGACGGGCUCUCGCCACCAGGGAGACCAGAUUGGUCAAAACAAGGAUACUCUGACGUCCUGCCUGAAGGAUCUGCAAAUUAACCCGAUCAACUGGGAAGAGCUCGUCCUCGACCGACCGACCUGGAGAAGGAAAGUGAAGACAGGCGCUGCGAUCUAUGAGGCCAAACGAAUCGCCGCUGCCAAAGUGAAACGCAAAGCAGGCAAAUUACAACUACGCCCCGUUAGCAACGCGGACGCACCACCGCUUCCAAAGUGUCCUCGGCGUCAACGGGUACGUCGGGCACGAACUGGACUCACUGAAAAUCUUCGGACCAACUGCACCUCCCAUACCGCACCAACCGCCGCCCCUCCACCCGCCUGUGCCUCGUCCUCUCCGCAACCAACUGACUCUGACAAUUUUUCUGAACCAUCACUUCCGUCUUCCCCCUCCUCUUCCUCCUCCUCUUCCUCCUCCUCCUCCUCCUUCUCCUCGUCCUCCUCCUUUUCCUCCCCCUCCUCCUCUUCCCCCGCCUCUUGCUCCUCCUCCUGUCCCCCUGCACCAACCACGGCCGCGCUGGUGGCCGUCGCUCACACCAGCAUCGCUCAAAUCCAUGACCCAACAUCAGACACCAUCCCUCCAACCUCCGAAUCCAUGGCUGAGGGACAGGACUUCGCCGGCUCUCACUGCGACCGCACGUUCAUUUCACACAUCCGCCUGGUCAGUCACUUGCGAAUCUAUCGCACAGAGACUGGCGAACCAGUGCCAGGAGCACCAACCUACACCCACCGCACCCGCCCUGUUGCCCACACUUCCAUCGCACCAUGA